CUUGACGAGCCACCGGCCGGCCGUUGAUAUCCCUACGAAAUAUAGGAAUUGGCAUGGCUGCUGCUGGUUGCAUAAGUUUAUUAUUCUAUGCAGCUCCCGCUUUCCCAACUGCGCUGAAGACCAGCAACAUUUCUUAUAGUCGUCCACCACCGUGUCAAUUGUAUCGUCAUGCUUUCUCCGGUGGCAAUAUCCUCACUCCUACAACUGGUUGUCAGUAUGCGGAUGACGAUGUCCAUUCACUUUUGCAGAUUCUGCCACAUGAUGUGCGGGACAACAUUUUGGGUGACUCAAAAAGAGAUCAACUUGUAGAGGUGAUAAUGGAUUUGGGUCGGCUGCCACAAGCAUGUUAUUUUGGUGAUUCUGGCAGGCGGUACCUCAGAGAGACAGAGGUAUCAAUAGAAGAGCUAGAAUACGCUGAAGGUGCACUUGGACAACUGGGAGGUGACACUAGAGCCGGUAUUGCAGGCACUUUGCAUCGGAUAUCCAUUAUUAGGAAUAAAAACAGAAAAGUUAUUGGUUUGACUUGCCGAGUGGGAAGGCCAAUUAGAGAGGAAUUUGACAUGAUUGGGGAUUUGCUCGAGUAUGGUAAAAGCAUCUUGCCUGGUGUUGGGAAAACUACAGUUAUGCGUGGGAUAUCCCGUGUGUUGUCAGAUGAGCUUCAUAAGAGAGUGAUUAUUGUUGAUACAAGCAACGAAAUUGGUGGAGAUGGAGAUAUUCCACAUCCAUCAAUAGGAAAAGCACGGAGGUUACAGGUUCCAGAUCCAUGCAUGCAACACGAAGUCAUGAUUGAGGCAGUAGAAAAUCACAUGCCUGAGGUGAUCAUUGUAGAUGAGAUUGGCACAGAAGCUGAAGUUCACGCUUGUCGUACUAUUGCGCAGAGAGGGGUCAUGCUUAUUGGUAGUGCUCAUGCCAAGACGCUGGAGAAUAUUCUUAAAAAUCCCAUUCUUUCCCACUUGAUUGGGAGCCUAAAGAGAGUUAUUUUGAGUGAUGAAGAAGCUAGGGCCAGAAAUUGCCAGAAAAGCAUUCUCGAGAGAAGAGCAGCUCCUACAUUUCCUUUUCUGAUUGAAAUGAGGGAAAAGUACUACUGGGUUGCACAUCGAACUGAGAGGAGUGUGGACGACUUGCUUCAUGGGAAAAAGCCACUGGUUGAGGUAAGGCGAAGAGAUGAUCAAUUCAAGGUUGUGAUCGAGAGAUGGAGAAUGGAGGACUGAACAAGCACUCUAACUACUUGAUAGCUGUAUAUGGAGGCAUGAUUGCAUGGAAUUAUUGACUUGGACGGUCGUUGAAAUUUGUUUUGAGAGACGAUUUUGAAUUGCCUCCUACACAUGUAGAGUUUUUAUACCUUUUUUUCGUUUCAUUAUCUAAUAUUGAGGACAGACAUACAUGCAUAUAGAUUGAUGGUACUACAUAUUGUCAAUCCCUUUCGGCACGUUUGAUUUUUAUCAAAAGAGCCUGGAAUGUAUAUAGUAUUUGUUCAGCACACAUGUUUUGAGCUUAAGUAAUGGAAUAUUGAGUUGAAGAAUGGAAAGAAAGCCCCCAGGGCCCCGAGGCACAGGCGGAUGGGUGUUGAUUAAUUGCAG